CGUCUCCUCAGUCCUCCCCCGCCAUGGUCACGGACAAGUCCAACCUCCCACAGCAGCAGCAGCCGCCUCCUCCCUCCGCCUCCUCAGCACCCUCCUCGCUCAAGUCCCUCAACAAGGCCUCCUACAAGAUCUCCAAGCAGUCGUCUUCCGCCUCUCCCGCUCCCGUUCCCGCCUCCACCAUGCGAGCGCCUUCCCCGCCGCCGCCGGCUCCCCGCCCGCCUCCUCCUCUCCCGCCGCCGCCGCCGCCGCCGCCGCAGGCCUCCUCCAUCCCUGCCGACCACCCGCCUCCCCAGCCCCCCGUGUACAACAUCGACAAGUCCGACUUCCGCGACGUCGUGCAGAAGCUCACAGGCUCGCCGUCCCACCUCCUGCCGCCGCAGCCAGCGCCCACUCCCGCCACCGCCCGCGCCCGCGCCCCCCUCAUGGCGCCACCGCCUCCCAUCAUGGCGCCGCCGCCUCCGCCGCCGACGGCGAUACCCUCCCGCCUCCACCGCAUCCGGCCGCCGCCGCUGGCCCCGCCGCCCAUCCUGCCCCCGGCCCCGCCGGCGCUCUCCCCGCUCCCGCCGCUCCCGGCGGUGUGCAUGACCGCGGAGUCGCCCAUCUCCGCCUACAUGCGCCGCCUCCGCGGGAUGCCCUCGCCGAUCCGCGCGCCCACGUCGCCGCUCGGCUUCGGCUGCCUGCCGUCGCCCGGCGUGCCCAUGCCAGCUACCAGCCCCCGCGUCCGCGACCCGUGACGUGCGUGAUGCAGGAACCCCCACCACCACCGUUGCGCCGCCGCCGAUGUGUACAUACGGCCGGCUGGUGUAGGAGAGAUCUGGCGAGGCGGCGGGCGGCGACCGCAGAAGGAAGCAGGCAGCAACACCUUCACAUUCUGUUAGCUCCAUCACUCUCUCUCAAAAUUUCUCUCCUUUCUCCUAGCGUGCUCCACACCUGCCUUGAUAUUUUGUUGGUGUAUAUGGGACAUGCGGCGUUUGGUUGGCAACCAAUAUGGAUUGCUCAUGCUUGGCUAAUUUUUUUUGUAACAAAGCUCAUGGAAGCAAUAUGUAUGGCAGAAUCUCAUAUCCAAAAUUCCUUUAGGAUGAUAUAGCAGCAGUAGUGGUAGUUUAUCUACUCUAGCUUGCUUGGCUACACUUGCAGUAAAGAGUGAACUCAUUUGAACAGCAAUGUUCUUGCUUGUGAGUUGUGACUUGUGAGGUCAAAAAGGAUUGGCUGGGACUAGCCCAAUCUGAUUUCCUGUGCAUGCGAUUCGUUAUAAAAAAAACUUGGUCUUUGUUC